CCGACAGUUUCCACAGCAACCGGCAUAACAACAACAAGGGGAAGGAGAGAGAAGAUGCGUGUCCCGGAACUUGUGGCUCUGAGGUUCAGGGCACUUCCUCAACAAGCCUCAGCCGUUCACGUCGAUAUCGGACCAAGGCCUCAAACUCUCAAGUUGAUGAGACUCUGUUUGGAAACCGUCUUCAGAAAUCGCAUCCUGCAACCCAGGUUAGUGCGGAAUUCGACCCUUGCUCAGACCAGGUCCUGGGGAAACUGCUGUAUCCUGCCCCCAACAAAAGCAAGCCCAAGGAGAGCAUCAGACUCAUUACCAAGGAUAUCAUCCGAGACCUGAUUAUUCCCACAGAGGAUCCCUCAGGCAAGACCUUGAUCAUGAGCCCUGAUGAGUUUGAACGGAUCAAGCAGGCUUCCCAUGUGAUCAGUGAGGAGGAGCGUGAGAGCAUGCGUGUGGCGAGAAACGGAGAGAGAAUGCAGGCUGCGGAAAUGGCUGGUGAACGGAAAAGCUUCAUGAGAACACAAGAGCUUCAGAGACGCAAGAAUGAGAAGCUGAAUGAAGUGGAAGAGGCAGCACGGGACAGGGCACUGUACCUGCUGGAAAAAGCGAAUACUUUGCGCCUAGAGCAGGAGGAUGAGAUUAAACAGAUCAAUGAGACUAUCACAGAUGCCAGGUGUCAUGCAAUCCGGGAUGCCCAGAUUCUGGAGAAGGAGCAGAUCGAGAAAGAAAUGUUGGAGGAGGAGAAACGACUGGAUAAGAUGAUGGAAGUGGAUCGUCAGAAAGCCAUCAAGAUGCAGGAUGAGCUUGAACGUAUCAGAAAAGAAAAUGGGCUGAGGGCCAAAGCUCACAUCAUUCAGCAGAUUGAGGAGAGGGAACAAGAACGGAUGUUACAACUGGAACAUAAAGCAUUGCAGGCGAUGGAGAGAGUUCAGGCAAUGGAGAAAAUGCAGCAGGAGGAUCUGGAGAACUUGCAGGAGAAGCGUCGACAACAGAGGAGGAGGCACCAGGAGAUCAAAGAGUCCAAUGAACAGGUGCAACGACAUCAGGAGCUGAUGCAAGAGCAAGACCGGCAGGCCGACCAGAAAGUUCGGGAAUUCCAGGACGCCAAGAUGAAAAGAGAAGCUGAAUUUGAGGAGCAGCAUAAUCGCUUGAAGCGGGAAAAGGCUAUCGAAGUGGCUCGAUUGCAGGCCCUGCAAAAACGAGCACAUGAUCACAAGGCAGAACAGGAUGCACUACGGGCAAAGAGGAGCCAGGAGGCCACGGAGCGUGAAUGGCGCCGGAAGGAACUGGAGGACAAGCGUAAGAAAGCUGAGGUGCUUGCAACGCUGAAGAAAUCUCGCUCGGAUCAAAUCCGGCAGAAGCAGCAUUUCCUGGUUGUGCAGGCCACCAAGGAAAGACAGGAAUUCGAGAGAGUCCUCAAGGUGCAGAAAGAGCAGAUCGAAAAGGAGAAGAAAGAGGAGGAGGACAAGAGGUAUGGCAGGACGAAGUAUGCCAGCGACCUUCGGGAGCAGAUCAUUGAGAGGGAGCAGAAUCAUAUAGCGGAGCGAGCAGCAUUCUUUGAAGAAGGAAAGCAUCUAAAGGAGGAAGCUUAUCAACGACGGCUUCGUCUCGACCAAAUCAAGCGCAAGAAACUCGAGGAACUCAGGUCUGUCGGCCUCCCGGAGAAGUAUUGUCGAGAGAUCGAGCGGCGAUUGGCAGCUGUCACAGCAUAGGGACAAAUUGCGUAAAUAUGGUGGCUACAUUCAGAGAUUUUGUGUUUGAUGUGUAAUGUAGUCUUUAAAACAUAUAAAGAACAAAUUAAACAUC